GCCAUUUAUCUUCAUAAGUAGAAACGCUUUGCUAUCGAGUAGUAAGACCUAGCCGCUGCAACGUUUCGCGGCUUAAUUUCGACUAUUAUAUCUGCGCAAAAUAUAGAACAGAAAGGUAUUUGAAAUGAGGGUUGGUAUGGGGUUUCUGAAAGUAUUAGUAAAUGUCGGCCUAAUAUUCACCACUGUAACGGCUCUCCCUGUUGACGGAGAUUCAGAAAAUGACUUGAACGCAACAGUCAAUUACCGUUUACCAGACAACGUAGUGCCGGUGCACUACGACAUCGCAUUGAUACCGUAUAUUGAAGAGGAUAAUUUUACCUUCGAUGGUAUAUCCCAUAUCAUCAUCGACAUCCGUCGUGCAACGCGAGACUUAAGUUUGCACGCAUUGGAAUUGGCGAUAAAUGAAACGGCGACGUCAUUGAUCAGCAGUGAUAAUGUCACCUACGCACCGACCGCGCAUAAUUAUGACGAUGAAACAGAAAUCUUAACACUUCACUUUGACGAUGAAUUACCGCUUGGAAUUUAUAGUUUAAAUAUACAAUUCGUCGGUACUCUAAACAACGAUUUGCAUGGUUUCUUCAGAACAUCGUACAUCAAUGAGAAUGGAGAUAAAGUGUGGUUGGCCGCAACGCAUUUCGAGCCAACUUGGGCGCGACGAGCGUUCCCAUGUUGGGACGAGCCGGCAUUAAAAGCCACCUUCAACAUCUCCAUAAAACAUCGUCGAAACUACACAGCUGUGUCAAAUAUGCCGAUACGGGAUCAAUCGAACGACGAAGAUAAUAUGAUGUGGACACACUUUGACACGACCCCCGUCAUGUCCACCUAUCUCGUAGCAUUUGUAGUGUCCGAUUUUGUUCGUGUUCCUAACGCGGAUGGAACGCUCAACAUGUGGUGCAGAUCAGCACUGGCUCCGCACUCAAAAUUUGCGCAGGAGGUUGCUCAAAAG